AUGACUUAUGAAAAGGAAAAGGGAGAGAAGGAGUUCAGCGACAAGACUUUGGGAGGGCCCGGGGGCAUCAAAGGCAGAACAUCCAUUCUCCCGGGGGCCCUGAGAGCGCGGGCCGAGGCCGCUGCCGGCUGCACAGCCCGCCCCUCGCUGCGAUUGGCUGAUUCUGCCGUCACUCCUCGUUCUCGCGCGCUGAUUGGGCAGAGCGGGGAGAAUCCCGGCCCCGGGGCCAAAGGCGCCAUUUUCGCAGAUUCCGUGCGGGCCCGGCAGCGGCGGCAGCGGCCGGAGCCCGGCGCCAUUGUUGUAUCGUCUGUGCGGGCCCGGGAGCGGCGGCAGCGGCCGGAGCCCGGUGAGGCGGCGGCGGAGCUCGGAGGCGGCCCCAGCGCAGAAUUUUCAUUGCCAAGGUGUUGGCAGAUGGAGGAGGAGGAAAAGCCCCAGAGAUCCUUCACAAGGAGAGGCUGCAAACCCAGCCCAGGGAGCUGCGAGGAGGAAGGACCCUCCCUGUGCCGGGAAGGCAGCCAGACAUCCAGCCAGAGCUCAGAGCUGGUGAAGAAGCCUCAUGGACGGGAGAAGCGCCACAAGUGCUUGGAAUGUGGGAAGGGUUUCAGCCGCAGUGCUGACCUGAUCCGACACCAAGUGAUCCACACUGGUGAAAAACCCUACAAGUGUGGGAAAUGUGGGAAGAGCUUCAGAGACAGCUCCGGCCUGAUCCGACACCAGAUGAUCCACACUAAGGAAAAGCCCUACAAGUGUGGGGAAUGUGGGAGAAGCUUCAGAGACCGCUCCAAAAUGCUACGGCACCAGGCGAUCCAUGCAGGGGAUCGGCCCUACACCUGCUUGGAAUGUGGGAAGAGCUUUGUUGAGAGGGAUGACCUCACAAGACACCGGCACAUCCACACUGGGGAGAGGCCUUACAAGUGUCCUGAGUGUGGGAAGAGAUUUCAGAAAAGCUACACUCUCGUCAGACAUGAGCGGAUUCACACAGAUGAGCGGCCCUUCCGCUGCCCUGACUGUGGGAAGGACUUUAACCGCAACGACACCCUCAUUCUGCACCGGCGCAUCCACACCGGGGAGAGGCCCUAUGAGUGUUCUGAGUGUGGAAAGAGCUUCUCCAAGAGCUGUAGCUUGACCCAACACCAACGGAGCCACCACUAAGGGAAGCCCUGUGAGUUCCCCGAGUGUGGGAAGAGCUUCGUGCUCUUCUCCAGCUCCAUUCCCCAUGGCAGGAUCAAUAUUGGGUGAUCCCCAGUGACCCCCGUUGUGCAGAGCCCUGGUGAUCCCCAUUGGGUGGGGGGAAGGGGUUGGAGAGAUUUCUUCCCCUUCUCCUUGUCCUGCUGUUAUUUGGUUGGUAAUAAAUUCCCUCCCUCUCUGUGCCCAGGCUGGGUCUGUUGUACUGGUGCAGGUGCUCGGGGCGGGAUCUCUCCUGUUCCUUGUCUCAACUCCCAGGCCUCUCCUCAGCCAAUCAGACAAUGUGAUGAAGAAGAGUCAGCCAAUCAGAGAGAGCAGCUCUGAUGACUCACCAGUUGCCAGGCAGACCCACAGCACCCAGUGUUCCCCACCUGGAACCCACCCUCCCUGCCCAAUAAUCACGAUCCUCCCACGGGGUGCCCCUGAGUCCCUCCCCCGAACCACUGCACAAUAAAAGAGACCGAGGCAAACUGGGAAGCUUUAUUGGGAACACUGGGAGUAGCUGGGCUGGGGCAGAGU